AAUGUGUUUUCUUAUUUCUAGUUAAAAAAAAGCGGAUGGCCAUGUUGGAUCUCUUAAUAGCUGCAUCUCAAAAUAAUGAUUUGACUGAUUUGGACAUCAGAGAAGAAAUCGAUACUUUUAUGUUUGAGGGUCACGAUACUACAGCGAUGAGUAUUACCUUUGUUUUAUUACUAUUAGCUGAACACAAAGAUGUCCAGGUACUUUUUUCUCAGUAUAUUGAACGUGUGAGGGUUGAAGUUGAUAACGUAAUGCAAGAAAACGGAGGGAAACUUACCAUGAGAUCGUUGCAAAAUUUACCAUAUUUAGACAGAUGUUUAAAGGAAGCGCUACGUUUAUAUCCCAGCGUAUUUUUCAUAUUACGAAACGUUGGAGAGGAUGUAAAAUUACACUCAUAUGUUAUACCUGCUGGAACGAUCUUACAUCUUAAUAUUUACGGAGUUCACAGAGAUCCAAAUUUUUGGUCAAAUCCAGAAGUAUUUGAUCCGGAUAGAUUUUUGCCCGAGAGGAUGCAGAAUCGUCAUCCUUAUUCCUAUCUACCCUUCAGCGCAGGACCGAGGAAUUGCAUAGGUCAAAGAUUCGGUUUGUUGGAGUUGAAAGCUAUGAUAGCUCCUUUGGUGCACAAUUUUUACUUGGAGCCCGUAGAUUAUUUAAAGGAUAUCCGGUUGCAGGUCGGUCUAGUAAUUCAUCCUUGUCAUCCGGUUCAUAUAAAAUUCAUCCCAAUCAUCCGCAAAUAAGCGUUUAGAACGGACACCAUAUAAAUGUAAGAAAUUGAUGCAUUGCAAAAAUAAAAGAAUAUCGUUAUGUA